AUGCCUAAGGAUGUGGUGAUGGUUGACAAGCCAAAUGAAGCCCGAUCGAUGUACGAGAGGCUUCAAUCGCACCAGAACGCUAAAGUGGGCAAAACUGAAUAUACUUGCACCUUCGGAGCACCACCAAUCAUGGCUCUCAAUUCGAUUUCGCUGAGUCGAAAAUCCGCAGCUUUUGGAAAGCAACUCUUCACUCCUACUUCAGUUCUCAGGUGUUAUUCUCGUCAAAGAACCAACAACUCCGGCGAAAAUGAAGAGAAGAAUCAAAAUGAAGACGUUAUGGAAAAACCCAGACCAUCUUCAUCAAAAACUAAAAGAGCCAAAGAAAUGUCAAGGCUCAUCAACACCAAUCCAUGGUCGACUGACCUCGAGUCUUCUCUCUCCUCACUCUUUCCCUUUCCUCUCUCUAAAACCACCGUGCUCCAAACUCUCCGCCUCAUCACCAGCCCUUCCAAAGCCUUCCAGUUCUUCAAGUGGGUCCCGCAAAUGGGCUUCUCUCACAACGACCAAUCGUGCUUCAUGAUGUUGGAAAUCCUGGGUCGUUCUCGGAAUCUCAAUGCGGCGCGUAAUUUCCUGUUUUCGAUCGAGAAAAAGUCUAAUGGGUCGGUGAAACUUGAAGAUCGCUUCUUCAAUAGUUUGAUAAGGAGCUAUGGCAAUGCCGGGCUGUUUCAGGAGUCUGUUAAGCUCUUCUCGACGAUGAAAGAACUUGCUAUUGCUCCUUCUGUUGUCACGUUUAAUAGUCUGUUGUUGGUUUUGCUUAAACGGGGUAGGACUAAUAUGGCCCGCAAUGUGUUUGAUGAAAUGCUUGGCACGUAUGGAGUUGAGCCGGAUACUUUCACUUUUAAUGUUUUGAUUAGGGGAUUCUGUAUGAACUCAAUGGUUGAUGAGGGGUUCCAUUUUUUCAAGGAAAUGUCGCGGUUUAAGUGCGAGCCUGAUGUCGUUACGUAUAACACGCUCGUUGAUGGAUUGUGUAGGGCAGGAAAGGUGGAUAUUGCGCGGAACGUGGUGAAGGGUAUGAGCAAAAAGAGUGUGGAUUUGAAUCCAAAUAUUGUUACUUAUACGACCUUGAUUAAGGGGUACUGUGGGAAACAAGAGAUUGAUGAGGCUUUGCUUGUUCUGAAGGAGAUGACUGAGAGAGGGUUGAAGCCGAAUGGGAUAACGUAUAAUACGCUGAUAAAGGGCCUCUGCGAAGCGCAGAAGCUAGAUGAUGUAAGAAAGAUUUUGGACGGAACAAUGAGGAGGGGAGAGUUUGUUCCCAAUACGUGUACGUUCAACACGUUGAUUCACACACAUUGCCAAGCUGGGCGCUUGGACGAAGCAUUGAAGGUGUUUGAGAAGAUGUUGGAGUUGCAGGUUCUGCAAGAUUCGGCUACAUACAGUGCUUUGAUACGCAGUUUGUGUCAACGAGGGGACUAUAUUAGAGCAGAGGAGUUGUUUGAUAAGUUAUCAGAUAAGGAAAUCUUGUUGAGUGAUGAUGGUUGUAGGCCUAUUGUUGCUGCUUAUAACCCGAUGUUCGAGCAUUUAUGCAGAAAUGGGAAAACCAAGAAGGCCGAGAGAGUUUUUAGGCAGUUGAUGAAAAGGGGAACUCAAGAUCCUCCAUCUUAUAAGACUUUGAUCAUGGGACACUGUAGGGAAGGUACAUUUGAAGCGGGGUAUGAACUGUUAGUCUUGAUGUUAAGAAGAGAUUUUGUGCCCGAUGCUGAGAUUUACGAGUCUUUGAUCACUGGUCUUCUGCAGAAGGAUAAGCCUCUUCUUGCAAAGACAACUCUAGAAAAGAUGCUAAGAAGCUCCCAUCUCCCUAGAGCGUCUGCUUUCCAUUGCAUACUCGAAGAGCUUCUCAAAAAGGGUUGUGCUAAGGAAUCCGCCAGUUUUGCUACGUUGAUGUUGGAGCAAAAAUUUAGACAAAACAUCACUCUCUCGACAAAUCUUAUUACUCUACUUUUCAGUAAUGGACUGGGAGAUAAAGCAUUUGAGCUUAUUAAGGUGCUUUAUGAGAGUGGAUAUUCUGUAAAAAUCGAAGAGUUGGUUAGUUUCCUUUGCCAGAAAAGUAAGCUGUUAGAGGCUUGUAAGUUAUUGCAAUUCAGUUUGCAGAAGAAUCAAAGUGUUGGCAUUGAGAUAUUCAAUAAAGUUAUUGGUGGCCUUAGUAAAAUAAGAAGAGUUUCUGAAGCAUUUGAUUUAUACUAUAAAUUAGUGGAGAAAGGAGUUCAUCAUCGGCUGGUCUGCUUAGAGGAUUUAAAAACUGCUCUAAAGCUUGCGGGACGAUCAGCUGAAGCCGAUUUUGUAUCUAAAAGGAUGCCUAAAGACCAACUUCUUAGCGCAUCUGCUCCAAAAUUUUGCUCUGGGAAGUCAAAGGCCUAAAA